GCUCUUCUAUUUCCCUCUUGUUACAUUACUCAGUUGAUACUUUCCUCUAAUCACUAAUACAUCAUGCCCUACCCUACCUACGAACUGCGUUUGCUGCGGCGAGAAGUUUGAGUCAAGCAAGGAGCUCACAGCCCAUUACUAUGACGAGUGUGAGGCAAUGCCCAUUCCAUAAUGAGGUCAGAAGGGUCGCUGUCCCGAACUGAUUUGCUGCUGUGGACGAUCAUCUGCCAGAUGGCAAAGUCAAUCGCUCUUUUUCUCAUCCCCCUCACUCCCCCGGCCCGUUCACACAGCCAGUGUUCUAUUUCGUCUCCACACGCCUAUUUAGAGCGUGCGAUCCUGACAAUCGCGCAGCACGAAAGCGGGGGAUUCUCAUUUUCACUUUUCUUUUCGCAUCCGACUUUGCCGGUUCCCAGGAGCAAAAAUUCUAACGACGGUUAAUGCAUCUCUGUGAGAGCAGGUGACAGGCAUGCCAAUAAGCACGCCAACCAAGUUGUGCAGCACAAUACCUGCUGGACUC